UGGCGGCCAUUAAAAAAUGUAAUGAUUUACUCUUGCUAAAAUAAACAUCUACUUGUGUUGCCAUCUCUAUGUUUUAUGUUUAAAUAAAAAGUGCUGUAUUUACUUAUUUCUUAUCCAGUAACAAUAAAAAAAAAAAAUGAUAAACCUGCAAAAUUAUUGCAAUUCUUCGGCAUCGUCGUCUGAAGCAGAGCAAUCUGACAGCGAAAUAGAAACAAAAAAUAAAAGCGAGUUCGGGGAAGAAACUGUGCCUGAUUACCUCAAGCCUAUCAAAGAUCCCAAGCUGUCUAUAGCCAAAACGCUGACGAUCUGCGCGGCACCAGAAAUUGCCCCCAUGGGCACAGCAGCUAUACAACGAAGCCUAGAUCCUUCUAUUAAAGAAAUUGAAUACAAUGCGAAAUACGAAGAAAUGUUUGCUCCCGUGAAAGGUCCUGCAAAUCCGAAUUUAACACAACAAAUGAAAGCACAACGUAAUACUUUGGCUGGGUACGUGGAAAGCGCUCAUGUCAACGCAUUUGAAUUUGAAAACCAACGUAGAACCUUUCACACUUACGGCUACGCUUUAGAUCCAUCAGUCGAUGAUGUAGGUGAUGGGCAGUCUUUUGUCGGCGAUCUACAAUCCGCGUAUGAUGAUGAAGGUAAAACUGUGUUUGAAGGGCCAAAACCGAAAAAGAGACGAAAACAGGAAAAGAAUGACAACCCAGAAGAUAUCGAAGGUUUUGUCGGUCCUUGGGGUAAGUACGAAAAUGAGCAGCGAGUAGCAAAACCAAAUGAACAAGAAAAGGCCGAAUUGGAAGAGUUAUUAUCGAAACGUCAUCGACGAGGCCGAAUUCCCGAAGACAAGCCACUCGAAGAAAAAUCCAUACUGCACAUUAAGGAUGCCUUCGAUUAUCAAGGACGCUCUUAUUUACAUGCUCCCCACGAUUUGGGUGUAAAUUUACGUUCCAAUGCACCGCCGCCUAAAUGCUUUCUGCCGAAAGCGCAUAUACACACUUGGACAGGUCAUAAUAAAGGCAUUUCAGCAAUACGUUGGUUUCCCCACACCGCUCAUCUGUUGUUGUCUGGCUCAAUGGACUGUCGAGUUAAACUAUGGGAAGUAUACGGUGAGCGCCGUUGCAUACGUACCUUUAAUGGUCACCGUCAAGCUAUCAAGGACAUAGAUUGGAAUAAUAAAGGCACAAAAUUUCUAUCAGCUUCCUACGAUCGUUACAUAAAAUUAUGGGAUGCAGAAACAGGGGAGGUAGUUUCACGUUUUACCGCCCGCAAAAUGCCUUUCUGUGUCAAAUUUCAUCCCGAUAAUAGUAAACAGCAUCUUUUCGUGGCGGGAACGUCGGAUAAAAAAAUUAUAUGUUGGGAUACACGUAGUGGUGAUAUCGUACAGGAAUAUGAUCGGCAUUUGGGUGCUGUAAAUUCGAUAACCUUCGUAGAUGAAAAUCGUCGCUUCGUUACUACCUCCGAUGACAAAUCAAUGCGUAUUUGGGAGUGGGACAUACCGGUCGACAUGAAAUACAUAGCUGAUCCUACUAUGCAUUCCAUGCCAGCAGUUACUUUAGCACCAAAUGGCAAAUGGUUAGCUUGUCAGUCUCUGGACAAUAAAAUUGUCAUUUUUUCGGCUUUAAAUCGUUUCAAAAUGAAUCGCAAGAAAUCCUUUAGUGGGCAUAUGGUAUCCGGUUAUGCUUGUCAGUUGGAUUUUUCGCCUGACAUGAGUUAUCUGGUGUCAGGGGACGGUGAUGGCAAAUGCUAUAUAUGGGAUUGGAAAACAACGAAAAUGUACAAAAAAUGGCAAGCACACGAAGGUGUGUGCAUUAGCGCAUUAUGGCAUCCACAUGAGGCCAGUAAAGUGGUCACAGCCGGUUGGGAUGGUGUGAUUAAGUAUUGGGAUUAAUUAUUCAUUUAAUUUGGUUGCUAUUUUAUUAGAUAAAUGAGUCAAAGUAAAUAAAAAUAAAUAAAUAUAUUGUAAACAAUGGAAGGACACAACUUAACUUGUUAAGAUUAUUUUCGAAAACUCUUCGUCCUAAAACCAUGAACGGUAAGGUAAAUUAUUUUCACAUGUGAAAUGUGAAUAAACCGGUA